AUGAACCAGAUACGCGCCAUCCAGGCGCUUAACAAAAAGGAGAUUGAAAACGGAAUUUCACCAGACGCGUCCUGGCAUGUCGACUAUCGUGACACGGCGUUCGUCUACUUUGGCGGCCUGCCAUACGAACUCUCUGAAGGAGACAUCAUCACAAUAUUCUCUCAAUUCGGCGAACCGGUGUUCCUAAAACUCGUGCGCGACAAGGAGACGGGCAAAUCCAAGGGCUUCGGCUGGCUGAAGUACGAAGACCAAAGGAGCACCGACCUCGCAGUAGACAACCUAGGCGGCGCAGAGAUCGGCGGAAGGCUAUUACGAGUUGACCACGCCCGAUAUCAAGCACGAGACGAUGAAGACCAAGAUGAAUUCAAAGUCGGCUGGGAAGAUAUCCAACGCAGGGAAGGCAAGGCUCUGUCAGAUGACGAGAGCAUUCCGGAAGAGAUUCAGAGACCAAUGCUGCCUGAGGAAAGAGAGCUGGCUCUCCUGAUGCGAGACCACGAUGACGAUGACCCCAUGAAAGGAUUCUUGAUCGACGAAAAGAAGAAAGAGGUGGAAGAAGCUCGGCGGAGAGCUGACAGGAAAGAGAAGUCGGACAGUCAUAGGAGUCACAGGCAUCACAAGUCAAGACGGGACAGGGGAGAUGAUAGCCGGCGCGACAAGUCACGGAAGGAUGAUAUAUCAGGGGAGAAGGAAAAGCGAACCUCAGAUGGUGAAUCGAGACGAUAUAGACACCGAGAUGAUUCCAGAGAGCGCCACAGGAGGCGCAGAGAUUCACCCCGAGGAGACUCACAGGAACGGGAAAGACGACGGGAGAAGAAAUCAGAAAACGAUGACAGGAGGUCCCAUAGAAGAGACGAUGACCGCGAGAGACACAGGGGGCGGAGAGAAGAAGACGAUGACGACGAUGGUAGGAGAAGAUCGCAGCGCAAGAGUAGAAGCCGAUCUCCUCGGCGUCGUCAAAAUUAG